CCAUGUACCAAACCUUGCAAGGAGUAUUUGUUACAGUUGAAAGUACAACUGUGUCCUUAUGUAUUGCCUGUAACAGCAGAGAGCCAUCACCAUCCACUCACUUCUACAAGUGCAAAGUCUGCAACUGUAAGCAACUGGUAUCCAAUAUGAAAAAGAACACUGACUUAAAAGGAAAAUUCAAACCUCUCGACGACUCACCAUUGAUUCACCUAUCUCUAAACAACCAUCAGCUUACUUGGUUACCAGACACGGAUGUAAAUAACAUUGAUGACCUGGAAGAACAACUACUGCAAACAAGUAUGACGAUCACCUACAACAAAGUCAAUAACUAUGUAGAAACUACAUCACCAAUUGACUCAGUGUAAAUUAUUACACAACCAAGACUAACAAGAAAAAACUCCUCAAUUGUUUUUUUUAAAGCACAGUCAUUUCUAUUUUAACUGUGUGUAACAUGUUCAUAUCAUGGCACAUACAUGUAUCACUUGAAAA